AUGGAAAAAAAAGACGACUUUUUCGACCUUGUCAAGUCGGAUGAUUAUCAUAGUGAAGUUGAGAUGAAUGAUUUGGUUCCAGAGGAGUAUAAAUCCCCAGGAAGGAUAAGCCCAGGUAGAAAGAGAGGUCUUGUUAGACCUCAGUCUGGCUACCUCUUUCCUAUGAGUAGAGUCAUGUCAAGUCAAGCCCACGAGGCUAUAAUAGAAAGAUAUUUUGAUGAUCCUCAUUCCUCCCUGAACAAGUCAUUCAUGAUGAGUAAAGAGAAGGAAGAUGCAGCUGUAGUCACUCCUCUUACAAUUGCCUUUAAAGUAUUUUGUUUGCUAUUUUCAACAAUUUGCAAUUCCUGAAUUGUUGUGGUCCCAAACUAUUUAGCCAAAAAGAUUUAUUUCGAAGAGCAGAACGAUGAAAAUUUCCCUGUAGUACUUAACUGAUGGCGGCUUCAAUGAGCAGCCCUCUGCUUUUUGAUAUUUGCUCUUUUUAGAAAAAUCUUUUGAAUGGAUAUAUUUUUCCAAAAUGGAUUCUUUACGAAAUUGACACUGCACGCUACAAUUUCAGGAGUUGCAUUAGCAAUCUGGUCUACAGGAGUGAUGUAUGCUGCAGAGAUAAGCUCUCCUUUUAAUUCAUACUUAUUAGGGUAUGCUUUUCCUCCAAUCUUAAGCGGGUUAAUCAUUGUGUUGGGAUUGACUAUUUGUAGACAACCUUCUCAAAAUAAUGCUCAUUUAAACCAGAUUAGUAACAUUGAAUCCCAUAUGAGCGUGACUGAUAACAAAUCAAGGGAAGAGAAGGUAUUCCAACCUACUGAAUAUGUCAGAUCCCGUCAUGUCUCCCAGAACGAGAAAUACGGAACAAUUUUGUUUUAUGUAGGAAUUUUGAUCUUAAUCCUUGCCAGGAUUCUCAAUCCUGAAGGACAUGAGGAACACAAAAGUUAUCUUAUUGGUGAUGCUAUCGCAUUUGGAAGUGCUUUCUUUGGGAUCAUAUUUCAAUGGAUAUUCAUUUACUACUCGAUGAGACAGAUUUAUAAGAUCAUUGAAUUCUUCACAGUAAUGUACCUUUCAGCAGCAGCUUUUAUGACAAUAGUCACCUUGAUCUUCUUUGAUGACUCUGAAUAUAAGUUGAAAUCAAUUUGAGGUUGGGCAGUUUAUCCAGCAGAUUCAAUCUCAUUAAUCCUUGGAUUCCUCAUCCUCGGAAUUUUAUGAGGGUUAGGUACCAAAGUCUUCCAAAUUGUGAAAGGAGAGAAAUUCCUUCCAGAGGAUAAAAUCUAUUAUUCCUACCUGUUACAGCCAAUAAUCGCUUGCACGAUCGGAUAUUACCUAUACGAAGAGAAAUAUGACAUACCAGAUGUUUACUCCAUCAUUGCAGGGUGAGCAUGCUUCAUUGGAUGUUUCAUCCUGAGUAGGAAAUAGCUUAUAAAAUUGUAGAAAUAUUCAGCACUUUAAA